AUGGUAAAUCACAGUGAUAAUCAUCCAGAUAUGAGGGUUGAUGCUUUGCUCUGCUUGAUUUUCUGGAGGGGGUUGAGUAUGAGAUUUUUGGAACUUCAGCAGAUUCAAAUUGUUGGAAAAUUUUCGCCCUUCUUGACUAAUGUUUCUACAUUAACAAAGCUUGAUAUUUCAGGGGAUUUUUUUGGGUUUUUUGGCGAGUUAAAAAGUUUGAAGUUUCUAUCACUUGGUGGAAAUAACUUCUCAAGUUCUAUUCCUUUGAGUAUUGGUUAUUUGACAUUGCUUGAGAGUCUUAAUUUAGGAGGCAAUCACUUAAUUGGAGUGUUUCCUGAUAAACUGGUGCUUUUGAGGAACUUGAGUUCAUUGAAUCUUAGUGGAAACAAGUUUUCUGGACCAAUUCUAGUGAGCAUUGGGAAUUUAAAGCAACUUGCAGUUUUGAAUCUGAGUAAUAACGAUUUUUUGGGUACCAUUCCAGCAAGUUUUGGGGUGGAAUUCUCCUCAUGGACUCUCUGUCUCCCUCUCAAAGGUGAUGAGAAUAAGAGGGAUGGUCAAGUUAAACAUCCCCAAGGCCACAUGCAUUGGCCUCACGGGCUAGCUGAUCAAGUGCAUCGAAAUAGUUUAAGGGAAAUAGGUGGUGGAUUUCCUAGGCAUCAUCGUGCCCCUUCUACUCAUGCUGCAUGUUAUGCCAUUGCAAAACCAUCUACCAUGUAUGCCACGUGGCAGUCGAAGAUCCACCGCAAAAGGAUAAAAAACCAGAACAUUUCCACUGAGAAUCAAAAAAUCUUGAUACACACGAUUCCUAUGGCAUCCCUUGCAACAUUUGCAGCAGUACAGCCCACCACUGUAAAGGGCCUUGCCGGGAGCUCACUUGCUGGAACUAAGCUCCAUGUCAACCCAUCUCGCCUUAGCUUCAAGCCCACAAACUACAGGGCUGCAGCAGUGGUGGCGAAGUAUGGAGACAAGAGUGUGUACUUUGACUUGGAGGAUUUGGGCAACACCACUGGCCAAUGGGACUUGUACGGAUCGGAUGCACCUUCACCAUACAACCCCCUCCAGAGCAAGUUCUUUGAGACAUUUGCUGGUCCAUUCACAAAGAGAGGUCUAUUGCUCAAAUUCUUGAUAUUGGGAGGUGGCUCAGCCCUUGCUUACUUUAGCUCCACCGCAACAGGAGACAUUUUACCAAUUGUGAAGGGCCCACGACUUCCACCCAAGCCUGGGCCACGUGGCAAAAUAUAA